UCUCUUCUCUUCUCUCUUUUCUUCUUCCAUCAUCCAUACAUCGAAUGUCCAUUUAUUUGCCACAAACAUUUUUUAUCAAUGGGAGGAGGAGGAUAUCCUUUUUUGAAUGAAUAUUAUUCAACAUUUCAUCCUAUUUUUAAUUCAUUUUCACCUUUUGAAUCUGUUAGGCGGCACUUUCGGUCGGCAUGCUCCUUUACUACUUGGCUGCAAUCUUUAAAGGCCUUCACCCGCGUGUUGAUGACGAUUUUGUCGACAAACUCAAUUAUCACUACACUUCUGCCAUUAUUUUUGCCUUUGCUAUAAUUGUAUCAGCAAAACAGUAUGUUGGCUAUCCCAUCCAGUGUUGGGUACCCGCUCAGUUUACUGACGCUUGGGAGCAAUAUACAGAAAAUUAUUGUUGGGUGGAAAAUACAUACUAUUUACCUCUUACCAAUGCAUUUCCUCUUGACUAUGGUGACAGGCGGUACAGGGCCCGUCAAGUUUCCUACUAUCAAUGGGUGCCUUUUGUACUGGCCUUGGAGGCGUUAAUGUUUUACAUUCCUUGUAUUAUGUGGCGGGGCCUGUUACAUUGGCAUAGUGGCAUCAAUGUUCAGAGUUUAACACAAAUGGCGUGUGAUGCGCGGAUGAUGGAUGUCGACGCUCGUCACGCUACUGUCCGUACCAUUUCUGGACAUAUGGAGGACACCUUAGAAUUACAGCGUGAAAUAUCUGAUGCCACCAAUUUUUGUCUUGGAAGGCGGUGGGGCGCCUACGUGACUUGCCUUUACGUUUUUAUUAAAAUGCUUUAUUUGGCCAAUGUUGUGCUCCAAAUUUUCCUUUUAAACCUUUUUUUGGGUACGGACAAUCUUUUUUAUGGCUUUCACAUUCUUAAAGAUUUAUUGCAUGGCAGGGAAUGGGAAACUAGUGGAAACUUUCCUAGAGUAACAAUGUGUGACUUUGAAGUUAGGGUUCUAGGUAAUGUCCAUCAUCAUACGGUGCAAUGUGUGCUAAUGAUUAAUAUGUUUAACGAAAAAAUAUUUCUCUUCCUUUGGUUCUGGUUUUUUAUGGUCUCUAUUAUCACUUUCUUUUCUAUGUGCCAUUGGAUACUCAUGUCUUUUAUGCCUGGCCAGCAUAUGAAAUUCGUCAGAAGAUACCUCAGAGCAACAGAUUUAGCAACAGACCGGCAAUCUGUCAAAAAGUUUGUACACAAAUUUCUUGGUGCAGAUGGUGUUUUCUGUAUGAGAAUGAUUAGUGCCCAUGCUGGUGAUAUUAUGGCAACAGAGCUUAUUGUUGAAUUAUGGCAUUCAUUUAAUGACAGAGUUAGAAAAUCACCAAUAGAAAUGUUCGAGGGAGGAGUCUCUCAAUCCCCCUCAAAAAUGGAAGCUUCUUUCAAAAGUUGGCUUCUAGGACAAAAUCACAGCGGGAAUAGGUAUGGAGGAACUAGUGGGGGAAGUCUUGUUGGAACUGCUGCCCAUCACGCCGCUGCUUUUCAUGCUAGCCAUCACCACCACCGGGAUCUUUGA